AUGUUACGUUUCGUUCUAUUGUUUUUUGUCUACACUGGUACAUUACAUGCCUGCAUACCAACUCAGAAUGUUGACUCAAAUGGAUCUGGUCCUGGUGGAACUGGGGGACCUGGUGCAACCACUACAACAAGUACAACCACUACUACAACAACCACCACAACAGUACCUACAACGACAACUACAGUAACCGAAGCACCAUUCCGUAUGAUUUUCCAAAUAGGUAUCAGUCAUCACAAUGAAACAAUUUUAGCUUGCGUCGUGUGCCAAAAAGUAUAUGACAAUACUUGUCAAGGAUUUGGUAUUCCCAAUUUGCUACAAUGGUGUCCCACUGCAGCUGAAGCUGCAAUAGAGUACACACUUGGUUUGAUUACUUCUUUAAUACCGUUCAUUCCAGCUGGAUCCUGCGGAACAUUCAUCACUUGUCCACUUACAACAACACUAAAAAUCAAAAUCAUUGGAACAGAAAUCCCUGCUGUAGUAUUCUACGCGUGGUGUGAAGAAUCGGGAGCUGAUGCCGGCAAAUGGUAUACUGGAAUCAGUUGGCUGGCAAAAUUUGAACUAGUUUCACUGGCUUGCAGACCGAUUUUGUAA